AUGAAAGCAUCCCAAACUCAAAUCUCAAAACUUGAAGAAAAUAUUUCAAAUAUUAUGAAAACAUCCCAAACUCAAAUGUUAAAACUUGAAGAAAAUAUUUCUGCUCUUAAUGAAACAUUCCAAACUGAAACUAAAAUUAUCACAGAAAAAAUAUUCACAGAAAAAAUCACAGGAUUCGAAGAAACACUAAAUAAAAAAUUCACAGAAUUCGAAACAUUCAAAGCUGGAAUUGAAAAUGCAAUUCUUACCAACAUCAUUAAUAAAAUGGAAUUUGGACGAAUGUCUCAAG